UUUCAUGAAAUACUACUCGCAUAUCUUAACAGGUUCAUCUAAACGUCGUUGCUUAGGUGCAAAUGAGUGUGAUAUUCAUGCUGAACCAAGCUGUCGUCCUAUUGGUGGUUGUGAACGCUUCUGUAAACGUGGUGCAGAAUGCACCAGAGCAAUUGAUGAUUGCUAUUGCCGCAGUGGUUUUGCACGUAAUGGAAAUGGUCAAUGCAUACCAAAAUUGGAUUGUCCUAGAGCUUGUGGCCAAUUUGAAUGCCAUAACAGUAAUCCAAGUUGUAGCUGUGAAAUGUACUGCCGUAGGAGGCCAAACUGUAUUGUUUCGCUGAGUGGCUGUCACUGUGCACGCGGAUUUGCCAGAGACGAUAACAACUUUUGUGUUCCACAAACAAUGUGCCCUUGGUCAAUUGGUAGACGACGCUUUCCCAUAACAGCAAGAACAACAACAACAAAAAUUGUCAUUUAAAUUUUAUCUUAUUUUGAACGUUUCAUUGUAAAUAUUCAAUGAGAA